CAGCAAGAGAAGGGUGGCAUGGCGAGGUAGCGAUGGGAGGUAGAGAACGUUACCACGCUGGAGCCUAUCACGCAAGCCGCAGCUAUAACCUCGCUGGCGGUCACCAUCAUCCUUGCCAACCUCAUCAUCAUCGCAUCAUUCAUCAACUCCAGAGAGUGUUAGCCUCAUUAAAUUUUGAAUUUAUACUGAAAGCAGGUGCCGGUGAGGUGAUAAACUGCUACCUGCUGUCGCUGGCAGUGGCUGAUCUGCUAUGUGGGCUGCUCGUUGUACCUCUGUCUGUCUAUCCAGCUCUCAUUCAACGCUGGGUCUACGGAGACUUGGUAUGUCGCCUAGUGGGUUACCUCGAAGUCACCCUUUGGGCUGUUUCUGUUUACACUUUCAUGUGGAUAUCCGUCGACAGAUACUUAGCCGUCAGAAAGCCCUUGAGGUAUGACACAGUGCAGACUAAGAUCCGAUGCCAGUGCUGGAUGGCAUUGACAUGGGUCUCAGCAGCAAUGAUGUGCUGUCCACCACUGCUAGGCUUCAACCAGCCCAGGUUUGAUGAAGAUGCCCUCAUCUGCUUGUUGGACUGGAAAGACAUGGCUGCCUAUUCAGCCACCCUUGCUGUCCUCGUGCUAGGCCCUUCUGUCAUCACUAUUGUCUAUACUUACAGUUAUAUCUUCACCAUGAUGAGGCGGGUUAGGAGUGGUGCUCCCAUCCAUGAUAAAGAAUAUGCUACUGCUCUCUCUGAGAACUUAGCUAAUCCUACUCAUAUCAUGUCCUUUGUACUUGUGGUUGUCUUCUGCCUUUCUUGGGCACCUUUCAUCUUGGUCCGUAUUUAUGAGGGUACAACAGGCAACCGUCUUAAUCUUUUCUCACACAUUCAUUUCUUUGUUUUCUGGCUAGGAGUUCUGAACUCAGUAUGGAAAGCUGUCAUCCUCAUUGUUAUGAGCCCACAAUUUCGCCUUAUGCUUCGCAUCCUUGGUUUUACUCUUUGCUGUCGUCAUCGUGCGAGGCUGCAAAUGGAACUAAUUGGCAUGGAAGAUGAAUGAAUUAUUAAUUCUAAAGAACCCACAUACUUUUUCAACGAUACAUGACAUUGAAUUUUUAUUAUAACUUUACUAUAAUUUAAUAACUUAAUUGAGUAUUAUAUCUAAUUUAAAAGGAAUAUUUUUAUUACUACAGGCAAUUUAUUUCCUGUAUACAGUGUGAUUUAUUUCAAUUUCAAAAGCAAUUUUCAAAAUCAUCGAUUUAGCUUCAAAGGCCUAAAAUACUUGUAACUCUGUUAAUAAUUAAUUAUAAAUAAUAAUGCAAUUAGUUGCCUUAUAAAAUUAGUUUAGGUCAAUUUUAUUUUUUCAUUUCUUGUAAAAAGACAAUCCAAAGAAGCUAUAUCUCAUUUAAGUUAAUUAUUGGAUGAUAAACAUUUGAUUUCCUGAGGUUUUGGCUUCAUUUAAUACUCACAGGUAAAUGUUUCCUGCAGUAAUUAGACAAUCUAUAGUCAAUUGUUGAUUUUUUUUUUCUUUUUUAAUUUAAAACCAUGCAUUACUUGUUAAAGCAUUUGAAUUCUUCAAUGCAUUAAUAAAUUGUUUCAAAGAAUCAAAUUACAUGUAAGAAUCUCUAAAAUAUUCUGAAUAAUUUUGAUAUACAUUGAUAAAUAAAUAAGUAAAUAACAAGUAUUAGAAAUAUAUACAUGCUUUAAAUGUUUUAUUAGUCCCCUAAAAAUCUGUUUCUAUCCAAGCCAAAGCUUCAGUUCAAAUAAAGUUAUCAUAUAUCUCUGUUGUCAUUAGUCACUUUAAAUACAAUAUUUUGAUUUUAGAAAUUAAAAAUUUACAAUCAUAAUGUUAACUUAUUUUUUUACAGUUAAUUGUAUCUUCUCUUUAGCUCCUAAAUUAAAAUAUCCCAUGCAUUGUCAAAGAUAAUUACUAUUUUUAGUAUUUUCAAGUUUUUUCAAGUAUUUCCAAAACCGGCUAACUUCAUUUCCAAUUUUCAUUAUUUUACUUUUUCCUUCUACAGUUUUUGUUUUAUGUUUCCAUGAGGUGGAAAAAACAAUAUAUAUGUGUGCAAUAUUAUCAUGUGAGUACAAAAACUAUUCUACAAAAAUAAAAUAAUAAAAAUUGGAAAAUGGAGUUUUCUGGUUUUCUAAUAACACACCUGAGUUGUAGAUAUUGGAUUAAAAUGCAUAUCUUGACUUUUACUUUUUUUUUUUAAAGAACUCUAAUAAUCUUUUCACAAAUAUCCUCUUUUGGAAUUUGUCUCUAGUUCAAUUUUGAUAAUCUUUCACUUUGUGGUACAAGAUAAAUUGUAUUUUGCAUAGCUGAUCAUUCAGCUUCUGGGAAAUUAAAAUUUAAUAACUUCAACACUUAGAAAUAAAUUAUUAUAACAUUGAAGAAUAAAUUACUAAAAGUGAAUUCAUUUCAAAACAUUUGAAGCUAUUACUUGCUCUAUUACUGCAUAAAUAUUCAUUAAACAAAAGUGAAAAACACACUAACAACACUUUUUUGUCACAUAAUUUAUAUUUCAAGGGAGAUUAAUUAAAAAUAAGUUAAUUAAAAUAAUUUGUGUAAUAAAUGUGAAGGAAACAAAUAGUAUACAAAUAAUAUACAUUACGAUUACACAAAAUAAAAUACUGACAUUCUAAAAAAUCAAUACUGAGUUAUAUUAAGAGCCCUCUAAUAAUUAUGAACAAAUAUGCUCUGGAAUUAGACUAAUUAUUCACUUAUUUAAUUAAAAUUACCUGACUGGCUUACAUGUGAUGAAUAAGAAUUACUAAUCAUUCAUUAGAAUAAAAAAAAAAAUUAACUUCCAGAAGCCCCUUAAACAUGUAUUGCUCUAGAUGAUUCCUAUAAUUUACGUAGUGCAUUUCUGUAAAUUUUAAUUAUGUUUAAUUUAUGUUAAUAAUCAUCUUUUUUUAAAUAAUAAAAAUGAAAGAAAGUUUAAUAUUUGUGUUACGCUUAAAUAAUAUUUAAUGUCAAAUAGAUACUGGAUAUUACUAGCAAAAAUAGAAAAGCAAGAUGCAAAUUAUCCCCAUUCGACUCUUUCAAAUUUUAAUUGCUAUUCUGUCAAAAAGAUCUUUUAGUAGAUAUGAACCACUUUUCAUAGUAUAAUUUAAUUAUUGAGGAUAAUUAUAAAGUAAUAGAUAAAAUUAUGAUAUAUUAAUCUAAUUUCUUUGACUAUUCUCAAACUUUACUAUUUUGCUAAUGAAAUCUCAUGAUUUAUAUGAGAAUUUUCAGCAAUAACCAGAAAAUGACAUAAAACACCAGUAUUCCUACUUAAAAAAUUAUGUUUAUAUGUGUGUUAAUGUAUGUAUUUUUAUAUAUACACACAUAUAAUCAUUGAAAUAUAUAUAAAUUCAUAGAUCUGUAUGUACAAAUCGUUUUAAUAUUCAUUGAUUAAAUAUUAUUACUAUCAAUAUACUUAUUAAACUGCAAAUUACGCCUUAUCUAGAUAUGUGGUGUGGUUUAAGCUCAAUGUAUGUUAUAUUCCCAUUUUGCCUAUCCCAUUUAGAUUCCUACCCAUUUUUUCCUAGCUCCUAGUAAUAUAGUUUCCAUGACAUUGCGACAAUCAACCAAUGAUAAAAAUUCAAUCUAAUAUAUAUACUUAAUAUCUUAUUCAACUUUGUUUGAUAUAAUAUUAUCUAUAUUAUGGUGUAUAGUGGAAUAUACCUGAAUAAUGUACUUCCUUAAUUACAGCUAAUAUUUUAAAAAAAUAAUAAUUUUAAAAAAAUAUUUUGAGCAUUAACUCUCUCUCCUAAAUUAAAGAAAUAAAUAAAAACAAGCUAAUAUGAUAACAUAAGUUAAAAAUAAAUAAAAUAGCUUAUUUUUAAUGAGAUGUCGCUGAUGUUGCUGUUAUAGAAAUAAUUGUAUUUAAGUCUAAACUAGAAUUUUAAUGUCAAUAUGUCCAUUUUUGUUAUAAAAGAAAUACAGUAUGGGUAUGUAAGAGUAUGCAUGAGUGUAUAUAUAUAUAUGUAAAACAUAUUCUAAACUGUUAUUAUUUAUUGGACAUCUUAAUUAAAUAUAAAUAGUUGAUUGCAUCUAUUUCAAAAAUUCAACAAUCAAUAUGAAUAAUAUGGAAAUACAGUUUUUUUCCGUCAUAAUUACUGCAGAACAAAAUUUCCUUCUUCUAUAGUCAUGUAUUAUUCAUUAAUUUUAUUUAAAUGAAAAUAAUGGGAAAAAAUAUUUAUUUACCAUAAAUAGUGCUCAUUGUUAUUUCUUAUAAUUUAAAUCUGAUACGGUAAGUAGGGUAAUAGCUGAAUUCUAUUAAUAAGCUGAAAAAUAAAUAAAUUUAUUCAUAAACACUUUUAAUAUUAUAGUAAAAUUGACUAAAUAUUAUUUUUAUUUGAAAAAUAAAGAAAAGUUUUUGUUAGUUCAUUUAAAAUCCAAGGGAUUUGUGCAAACAGUUUUCAUUUGUGAUCAAAGUAAUCUUUUUCUAGCUAUCAUGAAGCAAGUUCCACUAAUUUCUUGUUCUUUUACAUGUCUCGAGAAUAUUUUUAUUAUGUUGGAUAUGAAAACAGUUGAUUGUGGCAGCCAUUUCAUAAUUUGAUUAGUUUUUGUCCUAUUUUUACUUUAAGAAAACUGUAGCAAAGAUUUGGAACAUUUUGUAAACAAAUUUAGAACUAUUUAAUAUCUAUCAUGAUAUGUAAUACAGGAAAGUUCCUAAAACUUGUUCUCCCUUUCCACAGAUAUUAUGGUCCCUAAACAUUUCCACACCAUAGUUAAUUAAUUAAAUUAAUUUAGAUUUACCAUUGAAGGUAUCAUACACCGAAAGGGCCUUUUCCUCUAAUUGCUUAGAGUUUUAAGUUAAUAAGAAAUGUUGCCAUUAGAAUUAAUGAAUUGAAAGUUUCUCCUACUGAUGUUUAUUUAUUUAUUUUACCUUGUGAAGGUCAUCAUUUUGUUAACAUCAAGUCAGAAGUGGUGCCAGUUUGAAGCCUGUUUGAAUUUCUUCUGCAUUGUUUCAAAUUUAUUUUAUGACGGACCCACAGACUGAAUCUCGAACUUAGGUAAGAUAAACCUGUCCUUCCUGGUCUUUGGACACUAAGCCCAAUUAUACAUUGGCUUGAUUUGCUGAAAGUAAGUUAUAUGAGACAUUUCUUUCUAAGAAUAUCCAUAUCUAGAAUAAUUUCAACUUCAAGACAGUUUCCUAAUUUCUUGUUAUGGUUUCAUGGACUUUGGAAACAUACAACUGCACUGCAGUUUAUCUUUUAUGUUUACCUCUUUUAAAUAUCAGAACCACUAACUUAUUUUACCUUCCUCAUUUGUAACAACUUUAACUACAAAUAAUUUUCAAAAAACAUUGACUUCUGAAAAUUAGAUUUUGAAUAUUCAUAAAAUGAAUUUUUGAAAUAAAUCUAAAAAUACAAGAUGCAAUGAACUAUUAAGAUGAUGUACCGAAUGAUUUAAAUUUUGAAGUGAUAAAAAAAAUUCAAUAUGUAUACAUCCACUUUUUGUACAUAAAUUUAAUAGAAAUUUUUGUAAAAGAUGUAAAAUAAUAAGCAUGUUGACGCAUGUUAAUUUUUUUUUUCUUCAUUUAUUUAUGUGGUAGAAAGAUAUAGAGAGUAAAAAUUCAAUAAAAAGGAAAGCAUGUCUGUCUGUUAUUUGUAUAUACAAAUUUUAUCCUUAAAAAAAAAAUGUGCCUUCCCUUCUUCUCUUUCCAAAUGUUAUAAAUAAUAAAGAACUUUUAUAAUCAACAAUUUAACAUUAUUUGAUUUAUAAAAAUUUCAAUUAGUUUUCUAAAAAGUACAGAAUAUUCUAAUUAUCAAUUCUCUGAUAACAACAAAACAAUUAAUGUGAAAAGAUGAAACUGGAAAUGAAUGAGGAGACCUUUGCUGUGUUUUAAAUAGCAUGUUAUAAAAAAUGUUUUUUGAAAUUGUAAUGUAUCAUUUUAAAAUAAAGUACACAAAUUUAAGUGGAAAAUAAUAUUAUAUUUUUUAAAUAAAAGUAAUCUUGUGUACAUAGAAAAGAAGAAUAAAACCCUCCUAAUAUGUUCCAAAUAAAACUUACUUUUCGAAACACUAAGUUGAAUAAUCCAUUGAAAUGUUUGAUCGUAAAUGUAUCUUCUUGGAUUUUCAACCUUGUUAUUGUAUUAUUAAAUUAUUGGUCUAAAUAAAAUUUAUACUUUUAUUUUUAAUUUUUCAUCUUAUCUUGGUUUAGGGUCUCUCAUAAUAUCAUUAUAAAUUUAAUAAAAUAUAUUGUAAUAACUACUUUCUAUUUUAUUCAUUUAUUUAUUUUAAAUUCAUCAAUAAUAAUCGGAAUACAAAUUAUAACUUCAAAAUUUAUAGUCUGAAUUAUUUGAAAUCUAUACCAUGCAGAUUUAUGUAAAAUCUUUACCAUAUGUAUAAUGUAAAAUAACCAUCAAACAUCACUGUAAUGCAUUUUAACUUUUAACAUGUCUAAAUUUCAUGUACAUAUUUCAAUUUGCAAGCUUUUUGUUCUCAAUCUUAUAGUAAAUGAUUUGUGUUUUUAAUAAAAAUUAGUACUGCAAUCUAAUGUUGUAGCAUAGACUUCUUUUUUCAUUAAAUUUUAAAUUUCAGAAAUCAUAAAUUUAAAUCUAUGUGUAAGUAUAUAAAUACAUGUAUUUAACCUAUGGGUUGUAAUGUAUUAAUAUAUGGGAUUUUAACCUAAAGUAACAAAAUUUUAUCAACUAUUUUUCCACUAGCAAUAUUCAACAAAAAAUAAUAAUUUAAAAAAAUAAAUAGUACUUUUUGUGUAUUUUAUUAAAGAAAAUUG